UUUUUUUUUUUUUCUCAGGGGGUGUCAGGGCAUCUUUCCCCGCCGCCUCGCUCCACCUGCCCUUGCUCGUUUUCUCUUCUUUUACCCCGUCUGCCUCUCCACCAAACCCGGGCUGAUGUGCUGUGCGAGAGGCUGGAAAUGGAAGUGUUGAUGCUCUGGCUUUUCCCCUGGAUAUUUCAGUGCGUUUCGGUGCGGGCGGACUCCAUCAUCCACAUCGGUGCCAUUUUUGAAGGCAAUGCUGCCAAGGACGACGAGGUGUUCAAGCAGGCGGUGUCGGAUCUGAACCUCAAUGACGACAUCCUCCAGAGCGAGAAGAUCACCUACUCCAUCAAGCUCAUCGAGGCCAACAACCCCUUCCAUGCGGUGCAGGAAGCCUGUGACCUGAUGACCCUAGGGAUCUUAGCCUUAGUGACGUCCACUGGCUGUGCCUCGGCCAACGCCCUGCAGUCCUUGACGGAUGCCAUGCACAUCCCACACCUCUUUGUGCAGCGUAACACGGGAGGCUCCCCGCGCACGGCCUGCCACCUGAACCCAAGCCUGGAGGAAGAGGAGUACACACUGGCUGCCCGACCACCAGUCCGCCUCAACGACGUUAUGCUGAAACUGGUCACUGAGUUGCGAUGGCAGAAAUUCAUAGUCUUUUAUGACAGUGAUUACGAUAUACGCGGACUACAGGGAUUUCUCGAUCAGGCCUCCAGACUGGGACUUGAUGUGUCAUUACAAAAAGUGGACAGAAACAUCAGCAGAGUCUUUGCCAACCUUUUCACUACCAUGAAAACAGAAGAGCUGAACCGCUAUCGAGACACAUUGCGAAGGGCUAUCUUACUCCUAAGCCCACGGGGAGCCCAGACUUUUAUUAAUGAGGCUGUGGAAACCAACCUUGCAUCAAAGGAUAGUCACUGGGUCUAUGUAAAUGAGAAACCUAUUGAGACCAUCUUGGUGCUUCUCUGUGAGGAACUACCUCCACAAUAUGAAAUCACUGAUAAUGAAAUAUUAGAGUUGGUACAUAGUGCUCUGGGGAGGAUGACAGUUAUCCGGCAAAUUUUCCCGCUCUCAAGAGACAACAAUCAGAGGUGCAUGAGGAACAAUCACCGGAUAUCGUCACUGCUGUGCGAUCCCCAAGAAGGCUAUCUUCAAAUGCUGCAGGUUUCCAACCUGUACCUGUAUGACAGUGUGCUCAUGCUAGCCAAUGCUUUCCACAGAAAACUGGAGGACAGGAAAUGGCACAGCAUGGCAAGUUUGAAUUGCAUGAGGAAAUCCACCAAACCUUGGAAUGGAGGACGAUCCAUGCUAGAGACUAUUAAGAAGGGCCAUAUAACCGGGCUUACUGGUGUUAUGGAGUUUAGAGAAGAUGGCGCCAACCCCUAUGUUCAAUUUGAAAUACUGGGCACUAGCUACAGUGAAACAUUUGGCAAAGAUGUCCGGAGGUUGGCCACGUGGGACUCUGAGAAAGGACUGAACGGUAGCCUGCAAGAACGACGUCUGGGCAGUGACUUACAAGGAUUGACACUCAAAGUGGUGACUGUCUUGGAAGAACCUUUUGUGAUGGUGGCAGAGAACAUACUUGGGCAACCAAAACGUUAUAAAGGAUUCUCCAUUGAUGUCCUGGAUGCACUUGCCAAGAAUCUGGGUUUCAAAUAUGAGAUAUAUCAAGCUCCUGAUGGCAAAUACGGACAUCAGCUCCAAAACAGCUCCUGGAAUGGCAUGAUUGGAGAACUUAUUAACAAGAGAGCAGAUCUAGCAAUCUCAGCCAUCACUAUAACACCUGAAAGAGAGAGUGUAGUGGAUUUCAGCAAGCGGUACAUGGACUAUUCGGUGGGGAUCCUGAUCAAGAAGCCCGAAGAGAAAAUCAACAUCUUCUCUCUCUUUGCUCCUUUUGACUUUGCGGUGUGGGCUUGUAUUGCUGCAGCCAUCCCUAUAGUUGGUGUCUUAAUAUUUGUCUUGAACCGGAUCCAGGCAGUCAGGGCACAGAAUGCUUCCCAGCCGAGCCCUUCUGCUUCCUCCACCCUGCACAGUGCCAUCUGGGUUGUGUACGGCGCCUUCGUUCAGCAAGGGGGUGAAUCUACUGUCAAUUCUGUGGCUAUGCGCAUUGUAAUGGGAAGUUGGUGGCUCUUCACCCUUAUCGUGUGCUCAUCCUACACAGCAAACUUAGCAGCAUUUCUCACAGUAUCAAGGAUGGAUAAUCCUAUAAGAACAUUUCAGGAUCUGUCCAAACAAAUGGAUAUUUCUUAUGGUACAGUCAGGGAUUCAGCAGUGUAUGAAUACUUUAAAGCAAAAGGGACAAACCCUCUGGAGCAGGAUAACACAUUUGCUGAACUGUGGAGGACAAUCAGUAAGAAUAAUGGGGCAGAUAAUUGUGUAUCGAACCCUUCUGAAGGCAUCAGAAAGGCAAAGAAAGGAAACUAUGCUUUUCUGUGGGAUGUUACAGUGGUGGAAUAUGCUGCACUGACAGAUGAUGAAUGCUCUGUGACGGUCAUUGGAAACAGCAUCAGCAGCAAAGGAUACGGAAUUGCACUCCAGCAUGGAAGCCCCUACAGAGAUCUUUUUUCCCAGAGGAUCUUGGAGUUGCAAGAAAGUGGAGAUUUGGAUGUUCUUAAACAGAAAUGGUGGCCACGUAUGGGGCGUUGUGAUCUGAAUAGCCACACCAAUGCACAGACAGAUGGGAAGGCACUCAAGCUGCACAGUUUUGCAGGCGUUUUCUGCAUUUUAGCAAUAGGCCUUCUUCUUGCCUGCUUGGUGGCAGCAUUGGAGUUGUGGUGGAACAGCAACCGUUGUCAUCAAGAAACUCCGAAAGAGAGCAGAUACAGCAUGGGCAGCAGCAGUGCAAACUUCCCCACAUUGCCUCACCAAUGUGCCUCAACCCUGACCUGGAGAGACCACCUUUAGGGGUAAGAGAGUAGUUCAGAAACAUGCCCUCGGCCUCUCUGCUGUGAGUGACAGGGAGGCCAGUCAUGGGCACCCAGUCGUGCCAACUGUGGUGAUGUUUUCUCUGAUCUAAGACCCCAUCCACUGGCUGUGAGAACUGUGUCCAGCUUGCACAGGCUAUACAGCUGCCAGCAGCUGGUAUUCAUUUUCCUUCAUGGCUGACCUAGGCUAAGUUUGAAGAAGUACAUAAGCAAUUAAAAAUAAACCAUCUAGUUAUUACUGAAUAAGCCAUAUUGCCAUGACACAGUUUAAAUGCUUCCUUUCUUUUGAAAUCAAUUUUAUUUCUAAACCUAGGGGCCUCUGAGUAAACUGAUUUUCAUAUGACAUUUUAUGUAGGAAUAUACAUCUGAGAAUUUCUUGUUUUUGACAUGUUUUGCCAUGGUAGCAAGUAAUAGUUAGCAAUGCUAUGAUAGAAUAAUCAGUCCAUACUCAGAUCUGUUUUGCAUGAAGCCUGUAUUUGUUUACAUAGAUUAAAUGUUUAACAAACUAACCUUUUGUAAUUUCUGAAACAGAGGCAUUUGUAGGUGCUUUCAUCUUGGAACAGAUGUUUGUUACAACUUAAUAAUAGCAGUGAGCUGCACUACAGCUGGAAAAUAGUACAUAGCCCAUCAAUUCCAAUCUAUGUUUCUCAGAUUGCCAGGAGUAUUACAAUAAUUGACGUACCUAUCACCUGUAAGCAAUUCUGCCAAAUGGGAUCUGAAGAUAUAUGUUGCAGUCUGUAAUGUUGUGAAAUAUUUAUCAGUAAGAUUUCAUUCCUCCGAGUUCCUGCUUCUCCCAUUUGAAUUCAUCCAUCAAGUGUCAGUGAUAAACAUCUAUAUCGUGUUUGUGGGACAAAGCUGCAAAGUCACUCGCCUGUGGCUCCACAGCGUAUAAUAGCAAAAGAGAAAUUUUGAUUAAAAGGAAGCAUGUCACCAUGUUGCACAAUGUAGCUCUCCAAAAGCAGCCACAGAGAGAGCACAAGUAGGCAGUCUUGCUUGUAAACAAGCUUUCAAAUGAACGUAAGUGCACAUUUAAUUGUUCUUUGGUUAAAUACUGUAGCAUUUGCCCUGCUGCUUUGUAGAAUUCACUCCACAUUAGCAUUACUAAGGCCUAAACCUUAGCAGUAGACUAUUUAGUUACCACUGCGAAAGCCCAGCAGGGAAAGGGGCAGGGACCUUGUCUAAAGUGUCCUAACGUUACAUGUACACAAGUAUUUGUCUUGCCACAGUCUGGAGUGCAUUCUCCUUUCAGCACUCAGGGACACACCUUUGCACAUUUUUGUGGAGUGAGAUGAGGAUAUGCCCCAGAGGCAGGAUUUCAUACAGGUAGGGUGAAAAAAAAAAUCAGCCAUUUUUAUUGUAAGGAGUUUUAAAUACUUAAUUUCCAUCUCUAAGGAAGGAUCUGUCUUCCUGACUUUAAAUGUUUUCUUUAUUCCCAUCUCCUUCAUUUCUCUUUUUUUCUCUCUCUCUCUCUUUUUUUUUUUUUUUUAAUCUGUUACAGAGAUUAUUACAGAUCCCUGUAUGCCUUCCCCACCCCUCUUAUCACCUAAAAUACUGUCUUUUCUCCCCUCCCCACUCCCCUCCGCUUUCCCCUUCCCUACAGUGUGCUGGAGGCUGCUCCUCACAUCCUCUUUUGCAGUUUUCAUGAUGAACGGUAAAAUAUUUUCAAGUUUCCCUCUUGUAAAGUGUACUACAGUUACCCAUAUGGUAAAGCUGUACUCAGGAAGAUCAUGUGUGUGGGAAUGAGCCUGCCCAUAGAGCAUAGCUGGUCUAGGGUUAAGCAGGACAAGUUGAAGUCAGGCACAACACAAGUGAACAGGCUCAGGAAAGGCUGGUCUUGUGGGUGCUGCUGAGAGAGAGGGAACAAAGUCGGUGGGAGUCCCGGGACAAGUAGGUGUUAAAGCUGAAAGAGAAAGUAAGCGUUCCAGACAAAAGGGCACCAGGGAUGAGGGUUCACAAGUUCAAGCAGAUGGAGGAGAAAGCAUAAGGAUGGCUUAAGGGGCAGACAGGGUUGUACAUCAUGAGUGGUCCUGAAAGAGGACAGGCUGGUGCAGAGAAAUGCAGGAGGCUAAAAGCAUCUCUGGAAUAGGUCAGACUAGCUGGAGAGAAUGGUGACCUUAAAAUACAUUUUAAUAAAUUAGUGAAAGGAUGUAGCAAACAUUUCUUAGUAGAUUAGUUAGCAGAGAUAUUUAGUUAGUCAUGAGGAGGGACUGAAGUGGGAUUCCUGAUAGCUACUGUAAUCAAGAUAGGAACCAAGUUUUAGAAGAGAUGACAAUAUGCAGAUUGGAUGAAGAUUUUCAAUUUAUUUAAGGGAAAUAAGUUUCAAAACUUUGGAAAGGAUGGGUCCAGGAACUCCUCUGCUCAAGCUACAAGUCAGGAACAGUAACUGAGCUGUGGGGACUAAAAGGAAAAAGAGGAUUUUAUUUCAAGGAGUACUGUAUUUAGGGAUAUCUCUUUUCUCUAACUACAUACAUGUAUUAUCCAACAUUUCUACAGUGGUGGCCAUAAGAACAAAGCUACAACAUGAAUAGCACAUACAUAUCAUUAAAAUCUGCCUGUUUUCAGCAUCUGAUACUCCAUCCAAGUCGUUAGUUCAGUAACAGCUGCCAACUUAAGCCAUGCUGCUGACUUUAUUUUUCUUCUGCUUCUUUUGGUAAGGCUGUGGAAAAAAAAUAAGUAUUGUUAUAUCACCUAAAAAUUGUGGAAAUUAGAAUUUCUCCUGACCAUUUUCUUCUGUGAAGAGCAGAGCCUCUGAAGGUCACAGAAGGGGCCAAUACUUUUGCAGACCAAAAUUGUACUUUGGCUUUGGUAGUCACCUCAUGCAGAAAAAGAAUAGCAUUCUCUGCAAUAGCCAUCAUAAAGAAAAGGAAGCAGUCAGAGACUACUGUGACCCUUAUGCUGUUAGGAGCUUUGUAAAUCAACUGUAGAAAAUUGGAUUCAGGUUUGAAUGAGGGGUCAUCAUAACUUGCAGAGCCAUUUUAUAAGUUCCUGCUUUUGGCUUGACCCACACGUUGGUUCUAUCAUGCCAGCUGGGGCCAAUUCAAAAAAACAGAGAUAUUGGGAAGAUGAAUAUUCAACCACUCUGACAGAUUCAUGGCAGGGUUGCGUGGCUAUGCAGCUUGCUGGAGUGAAAGAGAGCAUUUUAGAGACUAUAAUUUUGUCUGUUGAGGGUCAGCAUGAAGCCUGUAGCCAAAAGAAUGUGCAAAACUUUCGUUAUCAUUGGACAAAUGUUUUCAGCUGACAUUAAGGUGAUGAUAUUUGCCAGCUCCUAGGGUUUUCUGUUCCUCUUUGUAUUCCUAUGGCUUUUGUAGAGAUGAUCCUGAGCCAAUACACUGAGAUGUUCAAGGACUCAGAGGUCUGUGUGGUAUAAAUCUCAACUCUUAAUUACAGUGAGUGUAAAAAAUGCAGUGUCAACUAUGUAACUGGGGGAGUUUUCUUUUGAAUCCUGACAGCCUAUCUUGGACUUUACAAAUAUAGAUUGUAUUGGCGUUAUAUAUAUAUAUUUUUUUUUAGCUCUCCUCAAAAUUAAAUAAGUUAAGUAUAGUUUCAACCCAUUAAGUCUGUUCAUUAAGAUGAACUUCUAGAAAAGAUGGACUUUAUUUUCCCAAAGCACUCAAUUGCAUUUGGUUCACAAUUCUGUCAUGCAAUCAAUAGUGAAAUUUCUUGCUUCAAGAGUGAAGACUGGGUUGGUAUUUUUGUUAGUUUGUUUUUGUUUUUCCUUUCAGGAUGUAGAUACAGGAUAUUCUGAUUCUAUUUGAAGUCGAUUUGUAAAAACGCUUCUAAUGAUUUCUUAUGUGAAAAUCAUAAUGUGAUCCUUUCUAAUGCUUCCUUAUCAAAUCAGAUUAACAACAGAAAGAUUAGCUCCAACAAUAUCAGGAAAAUUGUAUGGCUGCAAGACCAUGCCAAGUUCAUCUUUUAAGGUUCAAGUUUGUCAUCUAUUAAAUUUGGAAAGAUAUUUGGUAGUAUUUAAGUGCCCUUAUUACUUUCUCAUUCAGGAAGAUCUACAUUUGGUUAUCUUUUUCAAAUUAGAUUUUAUAGAAAUUAUUAUCACCUUUUCAUAAUUACUGUUAAUGCUCAGCCAUCCUAUACUCACUGUGAAAUUUAGUCAGCUCAUAUAUUUAUUGUUAAAAUCUCAAGUUUUCACAGUCUGCAAUACCUAAUCUUUAGACUCUGAUAGACUUGAGAGAUCUGGAGAAUUGUAAAAUGAAAAUUGAAAAUUAACAUUGGAAUAUCUGUUCAGUCACUCUGCUCUACGCCCCUUCUGGAUAGCUGAACAAUCACACAGUUAUUGAAACCCAGUAGCAUAGAAAUGUCAAGCUUUAAUUAUCUCUGUAUUUCUAUAUCUUUUAGUCCCAUGCAUUUAUUUCAUGAUCUCAGUAAACUCUGAUGUAAUUUGCAUCAUUUAACUGCCAAAACCUUCACCACAUCAUCACGUUGUUCCUAUCUUUUAUUUCAUUUGAUGGACGGUUUUCAAACGUUCAUUGUUGUUUUGAUCCAGUAUAGCUGCUUACAGCAACGGACUCAGAAGCAUCCUUUGUGAUUUAUCAGCUAUGUCUUAUUGCAAUGUACAGUUCCCCUUGAAGUUUAUUACCUCUGAGAUCUCUUCAGAACUAUUAAGAAAUCACUCCUUGUUCACCCACAUACUGUACUCCAAAACAAUAAAGACUUAGAAGCAAAGAUUAUAUAUCAUAUUAUUCAUGGAAAUAAAAGUUGAAUUUUUCACUUUUCACAAGAUGUAUUCACUAAAAACAAAUUAACAGACAACCUCAUAUCAAAGAAAAUUAGUCACUUUAGGAUAUUAUACAAGAUAAUAUCUUUGCUGGGAAUUGAUACUUGUUGCAUCUUUCAUAAAGGAUGAGAUUGAUUUACAUAUUGUUAAUACAGAUCUUGAAAGAUGAUGUUAGAAUGAUCUCAAGAAAUUCUUGGUUUGAUUCUUUCUCAGCUCUGAAAAUAUAUAUUAUAAAUCAGAAAUGUAUUUUCUCCAGACUGUGCUACUCCUAGCAAUGCGAGUGUUUCAUCAGCUGUACCCAGUGUGUUUGUGAUUUUGUAGUGCAUGAAGACUAUUAUUUUUUUAGUGAAUAAGGAAUAACAACAUUUUCCAUGUACUCAUUUGCUACUAGCCACUGCCUCAUAUCUUGUGUCCUGUUUAUAAUUCAUUAACAAUCGUGAUCUUUGCAGCUUCGUUUCCUAACCUGCUGUUGCUUCUGCAAAAUCAUUUUGUUUGACAUAAUCUUUUUGCUUUUGUUCUCACUUUUUAUUUUCACAUUAUUAAAAGGGAGCAGCAAUUCAAAUACUGUCUGGAGUGGGAACAAACUUGUGUACUAGUAACGGCAUCUUAUCAUUACUAUUACAUUGGCUACUCCCAAGACUAUUUAUUUUAAAUAUUUUUGAAUCUCAAAAAGCUUAGACUCCACAAUAUUUUCUAGCUCUGUAGUAUAGCGGGAGGUGUAGCAAAAUUACUCUGAAGAUUACCACAAGUAUACUGCCAGUGUUCAGGAUGAAUGAAAGAAAGACUUUAUCUCUUUCCAUGGCAGCUUUACAUGGUCUGCCUUAAAUUCCCCUGCUCCCAUGUUUGAUGAUACACAAAUUCCAGCCUACCUCAAAAAUCCAUACUUCCAGCUUUAGCAGUCAUGAAUGUUACUCACUAGGACUUUCCUCUGGCAUUAGAAGAAUAUGAAACCCAGUGUACCUCAGAAAUGGAAAUAUGAGCUAACAGAUAUGAGUCCAGUGGAUCAAAAUUUGUCACAGCAUAGAAUUGUGAUCUGCACUAUAUUCUCCUACUAUUAUUCCAUGGCAAUUGAGGCUUCCAUACCUUCAGCAUGGUGUCAGCAAUGUUGGUUUUGAUUAUUAAAGUCUUAUGCCUUCACCACUAUUUUCACUACCCUCGUCUUUCUCUUUGUCACAUCAUUUACAUUGUCUCCUUUGUUAUCUUUUUAUCUGACAAUUUGAUUUCCCCUGGGAUGGUUCCUUUUGUGAGUGAAAGGAAACAUGAGAUCAUCAAGCUGAUGUUUUAUUUUCCAUUCAUUGCAUGUCUUCUAUAUUUUAUCUUUUUUUAAAUUAUUUUUUCUGUAUUUUUAUGACAUGUCUGAAAUCUUUGUACAUUUUUUGCUCAGUUGCAUAUAAGUGAUCAUUUGUUUGUACCACUGUAUUGUAUUCUACUUUUCUAAGAAAAAAAAAUAAAGUGUUUUUGGGGAAAUAAAUAAUGCAAACACUGGCAAAAUAAUGCAUUUUAAUGCCAUCUAUAAAUUCAGUUUCAAACUAACUUUGAAUAUAAUAAAAUGAAAAGCUUCAGCUGGCAUUUUAAAAUCAGCAAAGUAGCAUUAGGAAUCAGUCAUUCCAGAAUGCAAAAUUUAAUGUUAUUUGAUGACAAAGUACAAGCUCAAAGUAUCAGUUAGAGUCCAAAAAAAGAGGAUAUUUAUAUUGCCUUGUACAAGAACUCAAGUGUACCUUAACCAAUUCAGUGUUGUCUUUUUACAUGAAUGAAGAAACAAGAUUUUCUCCUUAGAGGUCCCUAAUGGUGAUGCAGAUAUUCUGUAAUACACAAGCAGUGUGUUCAUCCAGAAUCCAACGCAAUCGAUAAAGUCUUGCUAUUGAUCACCAUAGAUCUAUGUGAAGGUCAUAGUGGAUUAAAAGUGAUGUGUCUACCCCAUGACUAAGGACAUUGGGCCCAGGUUCCCAACACCCACAGCAGUAUUCAAGCAUUUGUUUGGUUCCAGCAUAUGUCCCUAGGCGCAAGGAAGGGAUUUUUGUGUUUUGUUUAAUUUUUCUGUCAGUCAUAUAAGAAAAAUUGGAUUCUUAAGGAUAUGAUCUAGACUUACUUAGUAUAAACCCUAAGGAAAAAAAUAAAAGGAAAAACUGAAGAGAAAUAAGUUUAAAAAAUGCAUGUUGCUAUACAGAGAACUCAGAAAGAAACAACCUGUUUAAAGUCCCAGUUUGGUAAUGAAUUUAAUGCAACUUAAGCAAGUACUUAUAUGACCUGUCCCAGAGAACUUCUGUGGUUACUCAUGAGCUUAUGUGUUUUACUGAAUCAGAGCCUUAAUGUGUCAGAUUCUUUUAGAUUCUUCACACAAUGUUUACAGAGCUAAUGUUUGAUAUUUUAUCUCAGCCUGAAGUGGUAUUGGAGAGUUGGCUUCUUGAGGAGGUUUGAAUGUUCAAUAAUAAUAAAGUCAGUUAAAGAUCAAAAUAAUAAUAAUAAUAAACAUAAAAUAUGACUGCUUCCUCAA